AUGGCAGAGCACAGUCUCCUAGGCCUCCCCCGCGAACUGAGGGACAUGAUCUACUCGCUCGUAUUACCAAAACGAGUGCGACUAGCCCGACGCGCCUCAACAAAGAGCCACGCAUUCUACGACAAUCACGGCAUCCUCCUCGUGAAUCAUCAAUUGCGAGCAGAAGCCCUGGAUGCCCUGCUACCGCACACAACCUUCAUCAUCAGCGCAGAUGAGGACAGCAGAACCCUAGAGACGCGCGAUUGUCCCAACCGGGCGAGGAUGAAAAAUCUGCUUAUCAAAGUGUGGUGCAAGAAGCGGAAUCUGCACGACUUUGCGUUGUCGCAUGUGUCUGGGCUGUGGAGCACGACGACGUUGGGGGACCUGCACGUGACGCUGCCGGGCUUGGAGAAAGUUGUGUUCGACUUGUCGUGGAAGGUUGAGGCACCGUGGUGCUCGUGGACGCGUCAUACGCGCGAGUGGAUGCUGCAAUAUCUUAGGGACUCUGUUGAGGCACAGCGCAUCUGGACGGGGUGGGAUGCCGACUAUGCGCUAGAUGACUCAAAAGUAUUGAGAUCUGCGAGUGUGCUGGACGAGUUGAGGCGGUAA